AUGAUACCAAUCGCGAGACCAUUGAGGCCCCUGCGGCCCCAGAGGACACUCGUACAAACCCACACUCCCUCAUCCUUGCGGCUGCUCUCCUCCUCUCGGCAUGUACGCGGCCACGGCCACGGCGGCUCGUCCCACCAUCACCUGUCGCGUGUCGACGACCACGAAAUCGUUCAGCUGGCCCGCAAGACGCAGCACCCUUUGAGCCUUGCCGACCUGGUCAAGCACGGCCGGCCUCCUCUGAGCGAAAAGUCCCUCCUCUCCUCCGCCAACUUCACCCUCUCGCUGCUCCCCAUCCGCCUCGCCCACCGCAUCCAGGCGCUCCGCAACCUCCCCUACAUCGUCGUCUCCAACCCGAACAUCAGCCGCAUCUACAACAACUACGUCCACUCCCUCUCGACCCUUCUGCCCUGGUGGUCCAAGGGCGGCGACAGCGCCGUCCGCACCCUGGACGACGAGAUCCGCUUCACCGAGGUCCUCGCCGAGCUCGUAGCUACCCAUACCGACACCAUCCCCAUCCUUGCCCGCGGCUUCCUCGAAUGCCGCCGCUACAUCUCUCCGCACGAGGUCACCCGCUUCCUCGACGAGCACCUGCGCGCCCGCAUCGGCACCCGCCUCGUCGCCGAGCAGCACAUCGCCCUGCACUACAGCUCCCAGCCGCAUUUCGACCCGGGCGCGAGCCCGACGCCUUGCCCAGAGCACCCCAGCUACAUUGGCGUCAUCGACACGGCCCUACGCCCAGCCCACAUUAUCGAGUCCUGCGCCGGCUUCGUUGCGGAUAUCUGCGAGCUGCGGUACGGCGUGCGGCCGCAGCUAUACAUUGACGGCGAGCCCGACACGACGUUUGCGUUCAUACCAAUGCACCUCGAGUACAUCGUCACCGAGCUGCUCAAGAAUGCCUUUAGGGCGACCGUGGAACAUAGGGACAACAAGGAGCCCAUCGUGGUCACAAUCGCACCGGAGCCGCCUCGGCCGAACCAGCCCCUCAGUAUCGAGGUGCCCAAGGAGACGAGGGGCGAGUUCCGGAGUGACGCCAUCAAGCCUCUUGACGACAACGUGCCGGGUGUGACGAUCCGGAUCCGGGACCGUGGAGGUGGCAUCGCCCCUGAGGUGCUGCCCAACAUUUGGUCUUACUCUUUCACCACCUUUUCCGACGAGGAUGAGUUCCCGGGGUCUGACAAUGGGUUGAACUGCCAGUGCGGGGGAAGUUCCAUUGCAGGACUUGGGUAUGGUCUGCCGCUUAGCCGCGCCUAUGCCGAGUACUUUGGCGGUGGCAUUGCUGUCCAGAGUUUGCACGGCUGGGGCACUGACGUUUAUCUUCGACUAAACGGCGUUGGCAAGAUCCAGGAGCGCAGGACCACGUAG